CUGACGUAGGCCGGUCUUUCAGCGCGGCUUCCUUCCUGUUAGAAGCCGGUGCUGUGAAAGAGAGGGCAACACACGGCCCGGUCUGUAAUCCGCGAACAUCGGCCCUGGGAAGCGAGACAAGCCGCUGAAAGUUACCCUUAAGAAUGUCGGGGACCCGGACUGAGUGGUCUGACACAAUGGCAAAAUUUCAGGCUCCAGUGAUAAAUGACAACCCUUUGGGUUGGGGACCUUGUGCAGUGCCAGACCAAUUCAAGGACAUGCCCUAUCAACCAUUCAGCAAAGGAGACCGUCUUGGAAAGGUUGCUGACUGGACAGGGGCCACCUACCAGGACAAAAGAUAUACCAAUAAAUAUUCUUCCCAGUUUGGUGGUGGCAGUCAAUAUGCAUAUUUCCAUGAAGAAGAUGAAACCAGCUUUCAGUUGGUCGAUACAACAAAGAUGCAGAAGACUGCAUACCAGAGGAACAGACUACGAUUUGCCCAGCGGAAUCUGCGUCGAGAUAAAGACCGUCGAAAUAUGCUUCAAUCAAAUAUGCAGACUCUGCCUAAAAGUGCCAAGCAGAAGGAGAGGGAUCGUCUCCGGUUGCAGAAGAAAUUCCAAAAGCAGUUUGGAGUUCGUCAGAAAUGGGACCAAAAAUCUCAGGCCCAGCUAAAACCAAGAGACUCCUCAGUAGAGGUCCGGAGUGACUGGGAGGUAAAAGAAGAAAUGGACUUCCCUCGGCUGUUAAAAAUGCGUUACCUGGAAGUCUCUGAUCCUGUAGACAUUGAAUGCUGUGGAGCCCUGGAAUACUAUGAUAAGGCUUUUGACCGAAUUACCACAAGGAAUGAAAGACCAUUAAAGAGCAUCAAAAGGAUCUUCCAUACUGUCACUACAACAGAUGACCCCGUUAUUCGAAAGCUUGCCAAGACACAAGGAAAUGUUUUUGCAACAGAUGCCAUCCUUGCUACCCUAAUGUGCAGCACCCGUUCUGUGAACUCCUGGGAUAUUGUGGUCCAAAGAGUGGGAUCGAAGAUAUUCUUCGAUAAGCGAGAUAACUCUGACUUUGAUUUGCUGACAGUCAGUGAAACUGCCAAUGAGCCUCCACAGGAUGAGGUCAACUCUUUAAAUUCCCCUCGAAAUCUUGCAAUGGAGGCUACUUACAUCAACCACAACUUCUCUCAGCAAUGCCUGCGAAUGGGAAAAGAAAAGCACACAUUUCCCAAUCCUAACCCCUUUAUUGAAGAUGAUGUGGACAAGAAUGAGGUUGCAUCUGUGGCUUAUAGGUACCGACGAUGGAAGCUUGGGGAUGACAUUGACUUGGUGGUGAGAUGCGAGCAUGAUGGAGUGAUGACUGGGGCAAAUGGAGAGGUGUCCUUCAUUAACAUAAAGACUCUGAAUGAGUGGGAUUCCAGGCAUUGUAAUGGUGUAGACUGGCGACAAAAGCUGGAUUCCCAGAGGGGAGCUGUUAUUGCUACAGAGCUAAAGAAUAACAGCUACAAACUGGCACGUUGGACUUGCUGCGCUCUGUUAGCAGGCUCAGAGUACCUUAAACUAGGGUAUGUGUCCCGUUACCAUACGAAGGAUUCCUCUCGUCAUGUGGUCUUGGGCACACAGCAAUUCAAGCCCAGUGAGUUUGCCAACCAAAUAAACCUGAGCAUGGAGAAUUCCUGGGGCAUCUUGCGCUGUGUGGUGGAUAUCUGCAUGAAGCUGGAUGAGGGCAAAUACCUUAUUUUGAAAGAUCCCAACAAGCAAGUUAUUCGGAUUUACAGUUUGCCUGAUGGAACUUUCAGCUCAGAUGAGGAUGAUGAUGACGAUGAUGAAGACGAGGAGGAGGAAGUUGAAGAAGAAGAAAGUUAAAUCGGCAAGCAGCCAUCUAUUAUCAUUGCUUCCCAUAAUGUUUCCUCAGUCAUGGACCUUCGAUAAGAAAAAAAGAAAUAAGAAAUCAAUAAAUAUUCUAUACAACGUC